CUCAUUGAUGAAUUAAUUCAAACAGCAGCUUCGGAUUCAGUUAACGCUUAAAAAUAAUCUCGUAUAAUCCCUAUAUUACGGAUCCAUUUUUACAUGAUUAUAUAACAGUGCGGACAAUAAUUUCGCAGUUAGUUCUUAUAAACAACAAAGAGAAAACCUUUCUGUAUAUAGGACAAUCGUACAUAAUGUAUUUCAUAACUUAUAUAAUUUAUAAAAAUUAUCUAUACUUUCGUAACCCCGAUGAGGGGCCAGACUGCUUCACCUGAAAAGCAAAAAUUGGACAAAGGUGUGAGAAUACGUUAUUGAAAAAAGUGAACUUCAGCUCUGGAAAAAUAGAGUUAUCGCAAAGAACGUUAUACUCCUAGCUUGAUUUACUCGGUGGAUUCGCAUACCUGGUGUCAAAUUACAUUAGAAAAGCGCUGUAAGAAACGGAUUCCAAAAAUACUCCCUCUCUGGCUCAAAAAUCGCCCGAAUCCGACAACUUUUGAAUUUCGGUAUUAAGAUCCUUCAACUUCAGAUCACUAAGAACUGAAGACCCUUCAAGAACUUUUCUCUGUAAUCUCGCGACGAAGAAUAGUAGGGGAUUCAAUAGUCGAAGGAAAGGAGGAGAGAGUUCAAACCGAAACGGCGUGGAGGUUUGAAUAUCUUAUACGAUUAUCAUCGUCAGUCGAUAUCUCCACAGCGUUUGGAUCACAUCCACUCCGAAAUGACAAUUUCGGCCAAAGUUAUUCUCAAUUUCGGUGUCUGCGUCGCUCUCGUCUCGGUACCGAGGGCCUACCCGACGCUCUUGAAACGCGACCAGCUUCCGGAAUCCGUAGUAAAACUGCACGAAAUGUCCCAAAUUUCCUUCACUCGGUAUUCCGACGUCCCGAUGCUGACCUUGGACGAAAUAUCCCAAGGUUUUCCGUGGCUGAAAAACGCCGAAAUCCGCGCGCGCUCCGACCGCCGCGAAGACGCGGCCCAAGGGGCGUCGGAAAACGCGCCGAAAUACGUUUUCUACUACGCGCCGUCCGAGGUGACUCUGCAGACCGGAAAUCGGCCCAGAACUGACGCGGAGAAGCAGAAGGACGGGAAAAAUCAGCGAAAAGAAUCGGCGUGGAAGCGGCUCGAGAUUUCCGAUAGAAAGAAAAGUGGCGACGGUCUCCAGGGCCGUCGGAACGUGCGGCCUGACCCGGAGGCCGGAAAGCGCAAAAAAAACUCGAAGGUCAAGUCCAAGUUCGAAAGAAGCAAGAGCGGAAGCGGCAGGAAGACGAAUCGCGAAUACAGGGAGGGGGAGAGCGUCGAGGAAUCGAAAAGAUGGCCGAAUUAUUAUAGCCCAAAAACGCCGGCGCUUUACAUGCAGCCUCCGAGGUUGGAGUACGAAGACGAAGAAUUCUGGGUAGGUAGCGAAAAACGAAAGCCGAAGAAACAGGCCGAUGAAACGGGGAGCGACGAGAGGCUCGAGAACCACAGGACGGCGAAAAAGCGGAACAAGUUGAAAAAUUCGGAACGGGACGAUAACCGGAAGUAUCUCGCUAACCACAGGCCGAUUUACGACAGGGAGCACGAUCCGCUUCCCGAAGAACUUACCGAAGAGAGCUCGGACGGCCGGCCCGCGAGAGCUCAUAGACGUCCGAUCGAGGCGAAGAAAGAUCAUCCGAAACUCUCGCAGGACGGUGAGCGAAUAAAUUUUCAAAUACAUGGACACGAGGGGCCGCAGACGUACAUAUUUGGAUACGACACCGGAAACGGAGAGAACAGACACUUCCGUCUCGAGGAACGUCUCCGCGACGGAUCUGUGAAAGGACAUUACGGGUUCUACGAUGCCAACGGUAAGUUAAAAAUGGUGGAGUACAAAGCGAGCCCGAUGAACGGAUAUGAGGAAAAGCACCACGCUGCCGAGAACCACAAAUUCGAAGCGGAGAACGCGAGGUAACGAGGGUAGGAAAUUUUCGACCUGGAUCGCGGGCGCUCCAUAAUUUCUUCGGGCAGCCAUUGGUGAAGGGCGUAGUUCCUUUAUUGUCGUUCGCAGUUGAUCAACGACGAAUAAACCAGUGUUCGAAUACCAGCGUUUUUCGCUGUCGGUUGGUUCGUUAAACUCUGUGUACUGAAAAGUGCAACGUUCAUUUUUCUUUCUUUUUAGAGCAAGAAAAUCGACAACAUUGGGAUUAAAAAGCUGUCUAUUUAACAAUAACAGUCACUAGAUAUUAAAAAAAUUUGAACACAAACACAUCUAAUACCAUAUACAAUAAGUAUAAUAUCAAUGUGAAUAUAUUAAUAUAUCAGUAGACUACGCCAGAAGUGUAUACUUGUGCACUGCGUUGUGUCCUACUUAGGUCUCCCGAUACACAAGUAGCUCCUUUAUUUUGUGCCAAACUCUAUUGAAAUCCGACAAUUUCCAUACGAUCGAUAACCAGACUGUUUAAUACCGCACAUUUAUUAAAACUCAUUGUAUCGUCAUCAUUGUUUCAGUCUCACAGUCGUCAUCUUUUUGAUCAUAAGUCUAUUUUCACCACCGUUGAAGUUGCCAAGGAUAUUCAGUCGAGUCAAUAGACGCGCUGUUAUAUUCCUCUCGUAACGAACACUCUCCUUAAAAUUCAUAAGUUAAAUACAAGGUGCAAGCAACGCUUUGGUAUUCCAACCUAAACAAAGCGAUAAUUUAUCUUUUCGAACUACGUUUCGUUAAACGUUGAACGAUUCCAACUUGUUCCUGUCUACCGAUACCAGUGAUGAAAUGAAAAAUUUAUUUCUUCUAUUUCCCUCCUUCUUAGAAACCAACAUUGUUUCUUUCUUUCGUUUAUUUUCAGGGAGAUGGACAUUCUAUUUAAACUAUACGCACGUCUAUAUACCUAUAUAGGUAUACAUAUAUAUGUAUAUAAACUGCAUCACAUACAUUUUUGUAUAUGAGCCAUAAAAACCAAGUUCCAAGAGGUUUUUUUCGUAAAAUAAUAAAAAAUAAUCAUAAUAAUAACAUUAAUAACCAUAAUCAUAAUAAUAAUCGUAAUCGCUGUUCGUACACUAAUUACAUUAGUUAGUCCAAUCUCACCUUGCAAUAAUGUUAUAAUAA